UUUUAUUUUUUUGUUGUGUUUUUCUUUUCUCUCUUUCCUUCCUCUUUUCUCUCCCUCUCGCCUGCCUCAAUUUCUUUGAGUUACCCAUGACAUGUUGUUAUGGUUAGGAGGGGGAGUUUUCUGUGGUUGUCGAACACUCUUACGUCAUUCCCGUCCAAUCGUAAGGCAAGGUUGGGCCCCGGCAAACCGUAUUUAAAGAAGUGCCAGCCUAAGCGCUCAACUCGCCCAACUGUUCGUUCCGAGCGGCAGUAACUUACUUACUCACCAUGGCACGUACUAAGCAAACGGCCCGCAAGUCCACCGGUGGCAAGGCGCCCCGCAAGCAGCUUGCCACGAAGGCAGCUCGCAAAUCUGCUCCUGCCACUGGAGGUGUCAAGAAGCCCCACCGUUACAGGCCAGGAACCGUGGCCCUCCGUGAGAUCCGCCGUUAUCAGAAGAGCACCGAACUGCUUAUCAGGAAGCUGCCUUUCCAGCGCUUGGUGCGUGAAAUUGCCCAGGAUUUCAAGACUGACCUCCGCUUCCAGUCCUCCGCUGUCAUGGCCCUCCAGGAAGCUUCCGAGGCUUAUCUCGUGGGUCUCUUUGAAGACACUAACCUGUGCGCCAUCCACGCCAAGCGUGUCACUAUCAUGCCCAAGGACAUCCAGCUGGCUCGUCGAAUCCGUGGCGAGCGUGCCUAAUAAGUGUGUCAUCCAAGGCAAGCAAGCAACAACAAA